CAAACAGGCAUGUCGAGCUCAACUCCCCCGCUUCCCCAAGCAGAAGCGAUGGCAACCGAGGCGUGUUUCCCCCCUGGGUACAAGCCUUUCAACCCCGAGGAGCAUGGCUUGGAGCGCGGCUUUCGUCUCACAGCCUUCUCGGAAAUGAAAGGAUGAGGCUGCAAAGUCCCGCAGGAGGCUCUGCUCAAACUCCUGGCGGGACUCGAGCCGAACCGGGUCGAUGGGCCGAGGAAGGACGGAGACCACGCGUCCGAGUUCACGGAGCAGUUGCCCGGCCCACGACUAGGAGUGGGGAUGGAUUGCUGUGUGAUCCCUCUGAGGCACGGUGGGCUUUCUUUAGUCCAGACAACAGACUUUUUCUACCCUCUAGUGGAGGAUCCCUACAUGAUGGGCAAGAUAGCAUGUGCAAAUGUCCUUAGUGAUCUCUACGCUAUGGGCAUCACAGAGUGUGACAACAUGCUGAUGCUGCUCAGUGUCAGCCAGAAAAUGAACGACAAGGACCGUGAACGGGUCAUGCCGCUAAUGAUUCGAGGAUUCCGCGAUGCUGCUGAAGAGGGAGGAACUUCAGUGACAGGCGGACAGACAGUGGUCAAUCCUUGGAUAAUUAUAGGGGGAGUGGCUUCAGUUGUCUGCCAGCCCACCGACUUCAUCAUGCCAGACGGUGCUGUCCCAGGUGAUGUCUUGGUGCUUACUAAACCCCUUGGGACACAGGUCGCUGUCAAUGCUCACCAGUGGCUCGACCAGCCUGAUCGGUGGAACAAGAUCAAGCUUGUCAUCACCAAGCAGGAAGUGAAAGAGGCCUAUCAGGAAGCUAUGUUUUCAAUGGCAACGCUUAACCGUACAGCGGCAGGUCUCAUGCACAAGUUCCAGGCCCAUGCAGCAACAGACGUGACGGGCUUCGGUUUGUUGGGACAUGCCAACAACUUGGCAAAACAACAAAGCAACGAUGUGGCCUUCGUCAUCCAUAACCUACCCAUCAUAGCCAAGAUGGCUGCCGUCAGCAAAGCAUGUGGAAACAUAUUCAAUCUGGUUCAGGGCACAUCAUCCGAAACAUCAGGUGGACUGCUGGUGUGUCUGCCCAGAGAACAGGCAGCUAAGUUUUGUUCUGAGAUGAAGAGCCAGAGCUCAGGGGGUGGAGGUCAGGGUGCCUGGAUCAUUGGAAUUGUAGAGAAAGGAGACCGUCGAGCUCGCAUCAUUGACAAACCCCGCAUAAUUGAGGUUCCGCCACGAGGAAGCCCAGUGGCCAAUCAGGAUAACAAUUCUGCCAGCCCUGUGCCUGGUUCCAAUUUGUCCUAG